AUGUGCACUUCCACCUUUCUCUAUUUAUCGCCAUUUACCAAAGCUCAGUUAGGAUUUCGCGCCCCUCUCCAAAUCACUCAACCUGUACUCCCACCCGGCUUAAUUGAGUAUAUCAAUGCGCCCACCCCAUUCCUCUACGGUAUCCAUACCUCCUAUCGGCAUGUACUCCCUGAGUUGAUGGAUGUCUUCGUAGCUGACUUGGACGGUGGCAGUGUCAUUUGCCCUGAAAACAUUCCCUUGCCCCAGCUUCCGGAACCCUAUUUCGAUGAGGUGGUAGAAAGUUUGUUUCAGAUCCUCAGCCCGGAGCUGCUGACCUCCGAUCACAUGUACCCCCCGAAACAACUUGGAUCACCCAACGAUCUCUUUGUACAGGAUAAGCAAUUACGUGCCGUGUUCGUCCGCUUAUUUGCCUCUCUUUUCUCCGGUUACCGUUCCUGUCUGAAUAUCACGCGCAUCCAUCCUCAACCAGUCUUUCAUUUCAACCAAUCCCUUUUUCUCAUGCUCCGUCGGAUUACUGCCCCGAACGAUUUUUUCGAGCGUCUUCUCUCCAGUAUGCGGUUUCAGCAGUUUAUACUGGAGCGAGGACCACCAUUUCGUGUGUGCGAUCUCUUCGAUGAAGUGUACGAUUCCGCGAUGCCGCCAAAUCAUUAUGAUGGUAUUCAGAGCCCAAGCGAACACGCUACGUCCCACUCCCCUCUCUCCACUGUGUCCGUGACCGAGCGGCUUGGUCAGAAACUGCUGGAAAAUGAGUGUGGUGACAAGCCUGUUGAAUGUGUCAUUCCAAAUGAAGCAAUUGAAGCUCACAAACGCAUCCAUCAAGCUCCCUUCCCACCACUUGACAACCGCUUGGUUGAUCAACUCAUUAUGGAGGCUUCGCAGCGCAGGAACAAAAACGUGCAACACCACAAGCCAAGCCCUCGCUUUGUACCGCAGGGAUACAUCCUGGAUCGCCAGCUCUUCAAAGCUGUCUUGUAUCCAGACAAGAAUCGAGUCAUCCGUGAAUUCAUCGCAGACAUCUUCAAUCACCACAUCACCGAAGCGUUGAAGAGGCGCAACACCAUUCGACAGGAUCUCAAAUCAAGACCGAUCCGGCGACUGUUUGUCGACGAACUUCAACGCUACGUCGUCCCCAUCGUCCCAAUUUCACCAAACGAUGCCAUCAAAGAGUUAUCAGAUGGAUCCGAUCGAAGCUCCUAUGAACAGCGCGCCAUAUUGUCGUGGGAGCAGUUUGAGUUAAUUGUCGAUCUAUUGGAUGAAGCGUUGUGUCAAGAGAGUCAGUCAGAGGACAGUGGCAUAGCGCCCAUUGUCAUGGAUUUGUGCACGAAAUUCACUACCGAGCUGAGUAGCACACGCUACUAUGCCAACAUGACACCUCAAAUACAGCGCCACCCUAUUUGGGAGCAAAUGUCAUUUUGGGAGAAUGUCUUCAACGAACAUGUGAACAAUCAAAUUCGCCAGCUAUAUUUGCAUUUCUCCGAACAAGAACAACAAGACCCCCCGCAUUCCGGGGGUGACAAUCGCCAUGACUCCAUCUCUUCACAGGCGCCCGCAUCUGCCGCAGGUCACCGACCUCGCCUUCUAACUGUCUCUCCAGUGUCGCAUUUGUCCACGGGGGAACGCGUGAUUACCGUGAGUGUGAGGAAAGAUUCCAACUCCAAUUGCCAGCGUCCUAAUUACUCAUCUAACAUGUCCACGCUGGAGAUUGCUGCCGAGGAAAUGCGCAUUGGCCGUUCUCGACCGAAGGAAGUGCAGACCACGUUAGAGACACAAGAGGAGAGCACUGUGUAUGCCCAAAUCAUUCAUUUCAUCAAUCUCAUCGUGAACUUCCGCAUCUCAAUCGAUGUUGGUGCUGCCGUGGCGACGGUUUAUGGGAAUCCCAACGAAAGUAGCACAAACGAUAUGCAUGUGGACCCCAGCGCCUCUGGCACACAGGAUGGGAGUUACACCAACGGCGUUAACCGUGUAAUCAUUCGAGAGAACGGUUCAGUGCAUGGAGAUCGCUUUGAAAGCAACUGGAAGAAGAGCAGGACGACGGCACCGGAGAUUUCCCAUUCCAACUCCCUUACCUAUGAUGGUGAAACUCGCCAUGCUUCCGAGCGCGCCAGGGCCUCUAAUGUGAACUCGGCUUUGGAGUAUAUCUCACGACUAGAGGCUUGGCUUCGACUCUUUGUAGAAAAGGUGACAGAUGAGAACAAUCUGCGAUCUGACCUCGCUUCGAGAAUAAACGAAAAGAUUGAAGGUAUUAUCGAAAGUCAUUUGCUGAACUUGGAGGCAGUCUACCCAAAAGUGAAAAGCAUCCCCAAAGUUAAAAAGCCCGAGAUCGCUUCUCCCACCUUACUUGCAACCGAAAUCCCGAUUCGCAUCGGUGGCCACGACUGUGUCCAAUGUCAAUUAUUGGUCGACGGUCGUUUGGAGCGAACAGAUUGGCAAUGGUUGGAUGCUGCUGGUGAUUUGAAAAACACCGCACAAUCAACCACCUCUUCUGAACGUCCAAGCCUCGGCUCUCCAACUGAGACAGAAGUUGAGGUCGACGCUAUGUUGCGUCAGCUCUUACCUGCGCAGGGUGCGCUGUUCGUGACAAAUUAUCGUCUGAUUUUUACCGGUGUACCUAGGGAUCCUUAUCAAUCGAACAAAGUGAUCACUCGCAGCUUCCCCAUCGCCGCUCUGCAUUCAAUCAAACGAUCGGGUAUUGUGCGAAUCACCACCGUCUUUCCGGCGACCACUUCAACUCAGCCGAACCCGUACGCUCCUGCUCAAAAAUCGGUCACUAUGUUUGCCGGUAAACGCCAUCGUGUCUUGCAACCAGUGGGAUCUAAUUCGCACGGGGCGAAACGUCGUCUGAGCCGUGCUGCCCACGGGCAUUUAGGACAGGAGUUGGGCCGACACAAGAGCUUCGUGCGAAUUGAUGAGAAUUUGGACGUGUGGAUUGUUCGCGCGCUCACCAUGCAGCUACUCAGACUUGGUUUCGACCCCGAUGAAGUGUCACAAGACACGCGAGAUGAAUUACGUAGCUUGUUACUUGAGCUGCGCCACCCAGCCACCUUGCAUUUGGGUUUCAAUCUUGCGCCAUCGAGUGUCGCUUUUGAUACCGAUAUGAAUUCCGCUUCAUGCGACAGCCGAUCGUUGUCCAUCACUGGUACAGUAGGGCAGUUCCACUCCAGGCACAUGAGGUGA